AUGGAAGAGGGCAGAGCCCCAUCGCCCCGGGAAGAGCUGGAGCUCUCGACGCUGGAGCUGGAGAGAGAGCAGGAAGAACAGACACCUCUCAGCGUCCAGAUUCAGCCUUCCUCCGCCCAGAGCCCUAGCCCAGCCCAGAGGGUCAAGGAAAGUCCCUGGAGUCCCUGUAACAAGACGGUGUUUGGACAGUGUAGACUGUGGAUGGUCAUUGUCACCAUUUUCCUGUGUUUCGUCGUAGUGAUCACUAUAAGCUUAUGCCUUAUAGGAGUAACUUACAUCGAUGAAGAUGAGAAUGAAAUGCCUGAAUUAUCGUCAAACAAAACAUUCUUCGUCAUGCUUAAGAUUCCAGAGGAGUGUACUAAUGAAGAGGACUUGCCUCACUUGCUCACUAAAAGGCUCACCGACGUGUAUACACAGUCACCGGCGCUGAGUCGUUAUUUCACCUCAGCUGACAUCGUGGACUUCAGCGUUGAAAACUCCACGGUAACCUACCACUUGCAGUUCGGAGUUCCGGCUGAGGAUGAUGGCUUCAUGGAGUUCGUGAUGAGUGAAGAGCUGGUGCUUGGAAUUGUGCGACAGAAUUUCCACGAUAAGAAUCUGUCUAGUUGUGAGAGUCUCGGACUGGACCCAGAAUCUCUCUUGCUCUAUGUCCACCACAAUGUGGAAUUCUCCCACUCCCCACCACGCACACUUGCUGCCAUUAAUUCUGCUUUCCCUAUGACGAUGGGCUGA